AUGGGCAACUGUCAGAAGUCUCGGGCCCUGUCCAACCGGCACCUACUGAUCAGCCGUUACCACUCAUUCUGUGAGCUCAAUAUGAGUCGUAAGAAUAAGCUGCGGAUCAAUGACUUCAACGACGACACACUGAUCAUCAUAUUCUCGAUGUUGACGCUGAAGGAGAAGUUAUGUGUCCUCCGGGUCUGCAAACGGUGGCAGCGGUUAGUGAAAGUAGUGCUCCAGAAGUGUGUGUCCAUCAAAAUGGGCGAACACUCUGUCAAAUGUCACUGUCAUUGCUAUAAUUACGUGAACUGGGACUUCCCGCCACACAAGUCAUUCAGCCGGGAUGACUGCGGUUACGUCAUAUACCCCAACCCACUGCUCAAUUACCUCAUGAAACUCUGCCCUAAUCUCAAAUGCAUUAACCUUUCGCACUGUUAUCUCGAUAAUAACGCCCUAAAAAGCACUUUCUAG